CUUUUUUAACCUCCCCGAUGGGUUUCACCUUGUCGUGGUGGGGAGGCUUAAGUUUGAAUCCCUGGCAAUCCAGCUUCGGAUUUAAACAAACCAAGAAAACCCAACAACAAAACAAAAAACUAAAUGAAAAUUAUGAAAAGGAACGAAAAUAUAAUUGCAAAUCGAGUGGGGAUAUACGCUCAAAAGUCGACAGAAUUCGCGGCUGUCGGCGAGGGCUUGGCGGCCUUGAAACGAGGGGCUAAGUCGCCAGUGAAUACAAUAGGAAAUCAAGAACGAAAUCGAGAGAUUAAAGUGGAGGAAGCAAACGAUCAUAAUGUUGUCAGAAGUUUUGAAGGUAAGAAAAGAUCAAAAGCAACCAAACUACAGGAAUUUCCGAGUUGUGAAGAAUAUUACGGCAAAGAACGGUGGAAAAAGGCGCUUUCAAAAUUACAAACAAUAGGAUUUGUGAAUUGGGAAAUAAACACCAUGUUCGCAGCCCUCGAUAAAUUAACAAAAACCAAUCCUAAACAAAAAUUCUUAGAAGCAAAUCAAAGUGGAGAUAUGAACGAAGAAACUAUUUUAAAUAAUGAUCCAAAACAAGAAAAAGUAGAAGUAGAAGAAGAAGUAAUUUCUGGUGUCUUACUUGAGAAGAAAUACCCGACUUUUGAUCUGAGAGCAAAUAUCGGCGACGCCAACCAUCCGAAUUUUCACAUUCUGCCAGAAAAUAGAAGUAAAUUUUACUCGGAAUUCUACAAAUUCAUCCAUGAAGAGAGAGAAGCCUUUCAAUGUCAAGAUCAUCCGAUUGUUUGUAGUUACUUUGUCAAUAAAAUGCUAAUGAUCGAAUGUAAGAACGUCGAAAUAUUAGAACAUAUAAAUAAGAAUAUUGGUAAACUGAAUGAUCGUCUAUGGCCAGAAGCUGAUUUGGAAUUGAUACCAAGAACAUCUGAAGAUAAAAACAUUCGAAUUUUAGUGCCAUCCUGUUCAGCUUAUUCCGGCGUCGACGAAAUAUUAGAUAUUAUUAAAAAACAAAAUAGAUUGCCUGUGGAAAAGUGGAAGGUAAAAAAUAGUGAGAAAUUGGAUGAGAGAAUGUGUUUGGAUGUGACUGUGGAUGGUGGAACUUAUUUAAAACUUAUGCAAGACCAAGAUGAUAUUUACUUUUUGAUGAAAAAAGCUAUCAUAGAAUUACCCCGAAAGAAAUAUCGGAGAACUAAAUAGUACAACAAGUUGAGGACAAUGCAGUGCCUAGGAGUACAAAAAGCAGGUUUAUAUAGACAUUGGAGUCUAAACUUGUAAUAAGGGGUACCCGAAUUUUAAUCACCGAAAAUAUUAAUACAAAUUUUAAUAGUAAUAUUUAUUGUCACAAUUGUAUUUAAAAAAAUAAAAACUGAAAAAAAAAACAAAAAAACCCCUCCACGGGUUUCACCUUGUCGUGGUGGAGGGGCUUAAGUACAACCUUAAUUUGUUUGGAAUUGCUAAUAGCAAGGAAAAACAACAGGGGUUGGAAAAACUAAGUAAACCCGACAAAAAUUCACCUAAAAAGGAGUCGAGAACCUAUUUCCAGGAAAUCAUGUUGGUUUUAUCAAACUGAUGUCCCUUCAGGAAGAACCUAAAAAAAACCCCUCCGUGGGUUUCACCUUGUCGUGGUGGAGGGGCUUAAAACACUCUCAAUUAUACGCCAAUAAUUUAUAUAACUAAAGAGAGAAGUGAAAAUAAAACAAAGCGAACCCAACAACAAUAAAAAAACUAUGAUAAUGUCAAAUAAAAUAAUUCAAAGUAGAACGGGGAUAUACGUUCAAGAGUCGGUAGGUGCCACGACUACCGGCGAUGGCUUGGAUCUGCGAGGAUACAAGUCGCCAGUGGCUCAAACUUACGAUAAUACCGAACACAACCAAGAACAAAAUAGAAGCAAUUCAAGAAAUGCUUUGAACACAAAUUCAAAACCCUUAGAUUCCAUAAUUUCAAUCGAGCAGGACUCUAAGUCGGAUUAUGAUAUUAAUAUUCAAUCCAUUAAAAAAUAUCAACGAUACGAGCGAAUGAAGGAGGAAUUCUUGAAAUUAGGAUUUCAGAAUCAUGAAAUUAAUGCUAUGAAAGAAGCACUGGAAGAAGAGCGAAAGCGCAGAUCUGCCCAAAAUGUCGGAACCACUAAACAAAUAUUGGAGGAAAAUACAAAAAUCGAAUCGGUUGGACUCAGAAUCAUAGACGACUCAAGGGCAUUGAAAAAUUCCCUAGAAGAUGAGCAAGAUCGUCAUUUUGAUGAAAUAAAUUUGGAUCCUAAACUAAAUUUCGAACAACAACCCAAAUUCAGUGCUGAAAAGGCUGCUAAGACAGCAACAGGAACUUUCAGUCCAACAAAAUUUGUAGGACACAAAGAUAGAAAUAGAGACAAAGGUGGGAAUUUUGGUAGAAAAGAGAUAAUACCCAAAACUCAAUUGUCUAAGAUAAAUAAGGAUGAUGGUAGUCCCAAAGUGAUAUUUAUCAGUCCAGCAAUUCUCGCUGGGGCAAGAGAGAACGACUGUGCCUGCUCCAUGGAGAAAAAAAGAGAAGCAUCACAUCAAUUGAAACAAAUGGAAUUUGGCAGAAUUAAAAAUUUUGCAGAAGCUCGCCAAAGAAUGGGUCUAAGUGGUGAACACAUUGAACGUAGUACCACAUUAGAUUCUCAGCCCGAAAUCCAGAUCGGCGAUGAUGAUGACGACGACGACGGCCAAAGCAAUACGCAAAAUUUAAUACCUUCCAUGAACAAGUAUCCAUUUGAAGUUCAAAUUUUAAAUAAACCACAUCCAUUCGGAGAGCUUCCCGAAGAAGUGUGGUUCAUUAUGUUGGACGCCUUAGAGACCACAAUCCAAGAUGAACGUGCAACAGGAGCAGAUUGGUUGAAAAUUAAACCUGGUCAAUUCAAACAAAGGCGUUUGCAUGUCAUUUGUGAGAAUAUUGAAUCGGUAAAAUGGUUAAAAACCAAAAUGCAUUUAUACAAUCGCUUGUGGCAAGGAGCCGAUUUAUAUUUAACCACGAACUUAGUAUCCUUCAAACGUUCCAAGUAUAAAGUUGAUAUUCGAAAUUACAACUUGACUUCGGAGGAGUUUUUCAAAAUAAUCAAGAAACAAAAUAACUUUCCCACUGAAUAUUGGACUUUGUAUUACAAGGACAGACAAAACGAUAGAUUCAAGGCGUUCUUCUCUGUGGAUCCCGAAUCAGCGAAACGUUUGGAAGAAACAAAUGGCUUUGUUUAUUUCUUCUUCGAAAAAAUUCAAUUUAUUUAUCAAAUUUUUAAAUAAUAAACGGAGAAUUUUAGUUUAUGAAUAAAGAUGCUCAGAAAGUUCAUCGGAACAAAAUUAAAAAAAACAUACAAAAGUUCAGGAGAAAUAAAAUAUUAAGUAAAUCAAACCAUAAACAUCAACUCUAACUAAGAAAUUGGGAGGCCAUAAUUCUGGUCUCAUCAACAUUUUAACUUAUUUAAAUUGAAAAUCAAAACACGACAGAAAAAAGAAAACCCCUCCACGGGUUUCACCUUGACGUGGUGGAGGGGCUUACAAGCGACCUUGAAACCAACGAAAAAACAACAGAGGCGCCUGAAACUAAGCAAACCCAACAAAAAUAAAAUAUGGGAAUUAUGAAAAUGACAACAAUACAGAAUGAAAAUCGAACGGGGAUAUACGUUCAAGAGUCGGCAGGUGCCACGACUGCCGGCGAUGGCUUGGCUCUGGAAAGAGACAAGUCGCCAGUGGCCUACAAAAAAGAUGGCGAAACUUACGUAAUUCUAUCAGAUGACGAACAGAAACAAGAUAAUCCACAUUGCAGUGGUCUAAGUGAAACACCUAAAACUAAAGAUGAACCACCAACACCAGCACCAGCUACAAGCAACCAAUCGAAACCACCAGAGAAAUUCGAAGAUAAAUAUCGCAAUAAAGCACCUUCCUCGGUCAAGGCACGAACGCGCGAAGAACGAAAUUUGAUGUAUAAAAAAUCUCCCGCUUUCCAAUUUUUCGUUAGUCCAGCAGUUAAAGCUGGUGCCACAGAAGCUGACAGUUCAUACUCGCCUCAAGGAAUAAUACGAAAAGCAAAGAGCGACCGCCAAGUUUCCAAAGAACUAAGAAUUAAUGGAAUGCAUGUGGCACGUCGUCUAAUGGGCAUGCGCGGAAGUCACAUACGGCGCAGAUAUUCCUCAGGUGAUGGUUCCCCAACACGAACCAAAGAGGAACAAUUCCCCAUCGAAGUUCAGGUCAUAAAUAAAGCAAAUCCAUUUGGGGAAAUUGAUAAAGUCAACCAGGUAUUGUUAAUGUGUGCCCUGGAGACAACUGUGCAAGAUGAACGUUUUGCUGGGAAUUUCGUCAAAUUGGGUCCAUUAGAAUAUAAAAGAAAGAUCCUCGUAGUUCCUUGCAAGAACGAAGUGACUGUCAGGUUUUUGGAAAAUAACAUUAAAUCUUACAAUCGUUUGUGGCCAGGAGCAGAUUUGAAGAUAAUAAGAGAACCAAUUGUACAAAAAAGAUACAAAGUCAGGGUUCAUUUGCCGAAUUACAAUAUAACGUCUGAAGAAUUCUUCAAGAUAUUUGGAAAGCAAAAUAAUUUUCCCACCAAAUAUUGGUCACUAAUGAAUAGGAGGCGUGCAGAUGGAUUUAUCGCAUUUAUUGGCGUUGAUUUUAAAUCGUAUACACGUUUAAAAGAAGCAAAUGGCUAUGCGUAUUUCUUUUUCGAAAAAAUAGAGCUUGGAUUAGAUUGUAAAUAGUUUUAUAAGAAUCAUCAAUUUAUAAUUUUGGAAUUCUUGAAUUAAAUUGGUUUGAAUGAAAAACUAAA